AUGUCAGCAGAUAUGACACCUCGGGGAGAUGAUAAUGUAUAUUCGUCUCUCUCUCUCUCUCUCUCUCUCUCUCUCUCUCUCUCUCUCUCUCUAUAUAAGACAUUUUUUUUAAAUUCUGUCCAUAUCUAUCUAUCUAUCUAUCUAUCUCAGUCUGUCCAUAUCUAUCGAUAUAAUUCUUUUCAUAUCUAUCUAUCUAUCUAUCUAUCUAUCUAUCUAUCUAUCUAUCUAUCUAUCUAUCAGUCUGUCCAUAUCUAUCGAUAUAAUUCUUUUCAUAUCUAUCUAUCUAUCUAUCUAUUUCAGUCUGUUCAUAUCUAUCUAUCUAUCUAUCUAUCUAUCUAUCUAUCUAUCUAUCUAUCUAUCUAUCUAUCUGGUUCAGUCUGUUCAUAUCUAUCUAUUCUCUAUCCAAAUCUGAUGGUAAUAUAUCCACAACAGCAACAAAAGAAAAUUAGAAUUGAAAAAAUUCACAACUGCAAUAACAGCAGUAACAGUUCAGAAUGCAGCGGGUGUGUUGGGUGGGGAGGAAUUAGCAGUAGAAUCGCAGCGGGUAAAGCAGUAAAGAGACGAAGCGUAUAA